CCCAAAAUUAGCCUUGCCUACAGGUUGACCGUGGUCGUAUCAAAAGCAAGAAUACUAGGCAAUUCGGAGCUGUUCAUUAAAUCCGGAAGUGACAUCAAUUUAACAUGUGUCGCCUUACAAGCACCCAUACCUCCUUCAUUUAUUUACUGGUAUCGAGGAGGAAGAGUUGUCAAUUACUCACAAAGAGGAGGUAUAAGUGUUCUGACUGAGCGGCACACAAGGACCUCCAAGUUGCUUAUUGCCCGAGCUAUACCAAGCGAUUCUGGAAACUACACUUGCGCGCCUAAAGGAGCUGAUUCAGCAAGCGUCAUGGUGCACGUGCUGAACGGUGAACACCCGGCGGCCAUGCAGCACGGCAACAACAGCUGCGGCGCCUGCAGCAAGUGCAAAGUCAACAUCGUUUUACUGUUCGCUCGGAAUGGAGGCUGUUUUAUUUUCUUACUUCUGACGCAUCGUAGCGUCUUAAACAGAUAAAACAUCUUUGUUUAUUAUUAACAUAAAUAGGAUAGUUUUCUAUGCGUGUCCACGAACAUUUAAGUGCGAUCCUACAAUUACGACAUUUGUAAUAAAGUAACAUAUUUGUAAAUUCAGAUACGUGUAAAUAGUAGCGCAUUAUAUUAUUAUUGUGACUUGUGAAUAUAUCUUGAUUUAUAUAAUCAGAACUGUGAAUGAUA